UUCAGGAGACCGGAAACAGGAGAAGAAGCUGGUGGCGGACUUCCGGAGCGUUUCUGCGCGUGUCGAUCGUUUGAGGCUGAAUUUGUUCAGUUUUUCUUCGGAUUCUGGAUAAAAACAUAAAACGCAGCAGCAGAGAUGGCACGAAAUGCUGAGAAGGCCAUGACGGCCCUGGCUCGGUUCAGACAGGCCCAGCUGGAGGAAGGAAAAGUAAAGGAGAGGAGACCUUUCCUGGCGUCAGAGUGCAGUGAACUUCCUAAAGCUGAGAAAUGGAGACGACAGAUCAUCAGUGAGAUCUCAAAGAAAGUGGCUCAGAUCCAGAACGCUGGUCUGGGGGAGUUCAGGAUUCGGGAUCUGAACGAUGAGAUCAAUAAGCUGUUGAGGGAGAAAGGUCACUGGGAGGUCAGGAUCAAAGAGCUGGGAGGACCCGACUACGCGCGCGUCGGCCCGAGGAUGCUGGACCACGAGGGGAAGGAGGUCCCAGGAAACAGAGGGUAUAAAUACUUCGGAGCAGCCAGAGACCUGCCCGGAGUCCGAGAGCUGUUUGAGAAGGAGCCUGCCCCGGCGCCGAGGAAGACGAGGGCGGAGCUAAUGAAAGACGUGGAUGCGGAGUAUUACGGGUACAGAGACGAAGACGACGGAGUCCUGCUCCCUCUGGAGGCGCAGUACGAGAAACAAGCUCUGCUGGAGGCGGUGCAGAGGUGGAGAGCAGAGAAACAGUCACAUCUUUCUGGAGAGAAACAGCGGGAGGAGGAGGAGGAGGAAGAGAGCAUCUACACCGUCCACAGCGAGGAGCCUGAUGAUGACGACGGCCAGGAGGAGCAGGAGGGGGAGGAGGGAGGAGUCACCUUCAUCGCACACGUACCUGUUCCCUCACAGAGAGAGGUGGAGGAGGCUCUGGUCAGGAGGAAGAAGAUGGAGCUGCUGCAACGUUACGCCAGCGAGACUCUUCAGGCUCAGAGUCAGGAAGCUAGAACUCUGCUGGGACUCUGACCUGUUUGUCACCUGUCUGUCACCUGUCUGUGUACCUGUCUGUCACCUGUGUGUCCCCUGUGUGUCCCCUGUCUGUGUACCUGUCUGUCACCUGUCUGUGUACCUGUCUGUGUACCUGUCUG